ACUAGCGACUUUAGCUCAAAAUAUCACUUAACCUUCCGCGACAAGUAAUGCAGACGACUCCACACUCGUCAUCUUCUUCCUCCCAUCGUUUUAUUUUUCAUUUUUUUUUUCUGUUUAAUUAUUCCAAAAACAUAUCCAAAAUCGAGCAUCUUUUCCAAAACCCUAAUCCCAAAAUUCCCCAUUUCUGCUUCGAGCUAUAUUUAAGCGCCAGCAGUUUGAUUCGAUUUUGGUCGAUUGAGGACUCAGAUGAAUAACAGUACGGCGUCUCAGUACAUGGACAAGCAGAUCAUGGAUCUCUCCAAUUCCCAGAGCAACAUCGCCGGCAGCAAUGGCGGCGGCGGCGCGGAUUUCAUCGAUUUCAUGAACCGCCCCGCGGAGAAGAAGGAGGACAUGGUCCCGAGCUACGAUUUCAUGCCGAUUCGACCCGCCACCGCCGCGGCGUCGUCGUCGUCGUCGCCCAAGGCCGCUCGCUCGAACUUCGACUCGGACAAUGACGAUCCUCCCCUCAGGACGUGGAAUUCUGUGGAUUCGAAAGCGAAUUCCUCGCCUAUCAGGAAUUACAAUUCUGUUGAUGUUGAUGAACCUGCCAAAUUUGUGUUGGGGAAGAAUCACAAAACUGGCAGUGCACCUUUGGACGGGACUUUAGUUUCUGACAUUGAGAGAAUGAUGAAGAAGCAUAUGGACAAUCUGAUUCAUGCCAUCGAUAACAUGAGUUCAAGGUUGUCGCAGUUGGAAACGAGAUCUCGCAACCUGGAGCACUCCAUCGAUGAUCUGAAGACAUCUGUUGGGAACAAUCAUGGUGCCAUUGAUGGAAAAAUGAGACUGCUAGAGAAUAUUCUUACGGAGGUGCAAUCCGGUGUUAAGGUAGUAAGAGAUAAACAAGAUAUUGUUGAAGCUCAAUUGCAGAUUGCUAAGAUGCAGUUGCCCAAGGCAGAACAUAUUGAAAGCAAGAUUAACGCUCAACCUGAUCCAAUGCAGACGGGAGUGCCUACCCAGCAUCAGUUCUCUAACGUCCCUCUGACACAAGCACCUCCAGCUCUUCAUCCCCCAAAUGCUCCUCCGUCACCUCCACAACAGAACAUACAACCCCAAGUUCAACUUCCCAACCAGUUCCCUCAAAAUCAAAUUCCUCCAGUCUCUCAGCGAGAUUCUUACUUCCCCCCGCCCAGCCAAACCCCAGAAAACCCAAAUCAGCAAUAUCAAACACCAGAAAACCCAAACCAGCAGUAUCAAUUACCUCCCUCGCAGCCACAGCAGCAGCAGCAGCUUUCAGCCCCGCCUCCACCACAGCACCAGUAUCAGCCACCACCGCAGCCGCAAUACUCUCUGCCACCUCCACCUUCUCAACCACACUCCUCGUUCUCAGCUGUUAACCCCUCUAUGCCUCAGCCACCAAUAGGUCACCAUUCUGAAGAAGCUCUGCAUAUGCCCAUGCCCCCUCAAAAUUACCCUAUGAGCUCUCGCCCACCUCCCUCUGUUCCAUCUACUGGAGUUCCCCCACCUGCCUCGCAACAAUACUUUGGACCGACUCCAAGUGUGUACGAGCCUCCACCCACCAGCAGACCUGGUUCAGCAUACUCAGGUUCGUUCGGUCCACCAUCAGGUCAUGGCGAACCAUAUCCUUAUGGCAGUGCUCCAUCACAGUACGGUACUAGCUCCCCUAUGAAGCCACAGCAACUAUCUUCUCCUAGUAUGGGCCAGAGUGGUGGUAGUGGUUAUCCACAGCUACCUACAGCUCGAAUACUGCCUCAAGCACUGCCAACUGCCUCUGCAGUGGGUGGUGGUCCUGGGUCUGGUGCUGGUGCUGGUGCUGGUGGUUCCGGGAAUAGGGUUCCGAUCGAUGAUGUAGUAGACAGAGUAACCAACAUGGGAUUCUCUAGAGAUCAAGUGAGGGCAACAGUUCGAAAGCUAACAGAAAACGGACAAGCGGUUGAUUUGAAUGUCGUCCUGGACAAGCUGAUGAACGACGGGGAUGGCCAAGGUCCACGAGGUUGGUUUGGCCGGUGAUCCGACUAUGCUGCACGUUCAUUCCCAUCUUUGAUCCAACACUGCUGGACAGGAAUAAUUUCUCUGAGUUCCCAUUAUCUUGUGAUUGGCUUUUAAAUGUUUUUUUGUUGAUAAUGACUUAUAUUCUUAUGUGGCAUUGUGAAUAUGUGUUGGCCUUCUCUGCGAGUGUCUUUUAUCUUCUUUAUGAUAUGUAUUUAGCCUUUGGCAAAUUUCCCCUAAGCACUACAAUUUUUCCUAGUUCA